CGCCUCCUGGCCAGGUGGGGGCAGUAAUGCGCCAGUGAGCUGUUUGGCAAACGCCAGAAAGUAAAAGAAGAUUAAGUGAGCGAAACUCAAACUAAUCUGUUGGUGUUUGUUGUGCUUAGACAAACGUUACAGGGAUUUUUCUUUGUUUCUCUUGUUCUGGUUGGCGAAUAUCUUGAAUAAUACAGUCGACAAACCCGUUACAACGUUACAUCAAUGUAUAACCUCGCCAACGGUAAACCGAGAAGAUAUCUUAAGCAGUGAGUUAGCAUCACCGUACGUUAGCUUGGCUAACGAAGCUAACGUUACCAAUGAGUACCAGCCGGCUUGUUCCUGCGACAAACGGCAGGAUUAAAGCGUCAGUCAGUCGGAGCAAGGAGCACCCAGCCUCCAGAGCCAACAAGGUGCUGGCCGAGAGGAACCAGGCGGUGAUGGCGGUGGGAGCCUGGGUGGAGGGCGGACAAGACUUCCUGGAGCACCCGUCUGCUCUGGCUUUGCUGACGGAGGAGAUCCAGGCAGCAAAGAGGAGGGAGAAUGAAGAGAGCCUUCGACGAUUUCAAGACGAAGUACGCCAUCGUGUGGCGCAGCAAGUUCAAGUCAGCAAGAAGAGACAUCAGCCACAGACAGACUCAGUGGUGAAACCUGACAGGAGAAUCCCACAACAGCAGUAUCAGGUCUGGACCCAACAUGUGUCUGCUGGAGGUGCUGCACAACACAGGGUGAUGGAGAGGAGCUCUCAUGAGUCUAGUGAAGGCAUGAGGCAGGGCAGACUCAGACUGGCGGCCUGUCGGAUGAUCCCACGUGGGGAAAUCACGUCAGACCUUCCUGGAGGCAAAUGGAACAUCUCUCCAACCAGACAUAAAGCUGAAUCUCACGUGCUGAGAGCAGAGCAGGAAGUUGAAGAAGAGGAGGAGGAUGUUGAGGGAGAAGAGGAAGAGGGAGAUGAUCAUAUCUUCACGAGUCUACACGAAUGUCCCCUCGUUAAGCAGAAGCUGAGUGGACCUAUGUUGUGGGAUUCUGACAAAUCACAACCUGAUCCUGGUUUCCAGUCCAACCUCAGAGUCCCACAGGUCCUGUGGCCUCUGUCUGAUCAAGAAGAACUGAAAAGACAGCGUCAGUCUCAGUUCCUGAUGCACCGCCGUAUGUACAUGAACAUUGAGCGAGAGCAAGUGAAGGAGAACAAACAGCACAGGAAACACCUGAAGAGGACGGCAAGGAUCAAAGCAGAGAAAGAACAGGUUCGUCUGGAGGAAGAGAGAAAGUUGGAGAGCGUUCGGCAGCUCGCAGAGGCCCGACAGAAGCUGGAGGAGAGAGAGCUGCUGAUUCUGGAGCGAAUGAAGCUUGAGGAGGAGGAGGAGGAGGAGAGAGCUUUGGAGCUGCAGAGGAGGAAAAAAGAGGAGAAAGGGAAAGUAUCUGCAAGGUUCAUUGAGGCUCUGAGAGCUCAGAUGAAGGAGCGACUGUCUCAGGAGAAGCUGGAGCUCCCUCCUCUCUGCUGCUGUGCUUCCUCUUUCUGGGACUCCCACCCGGACACCUGUGCAAACAACUGUGUCUUCCACAACAAUCCCAAAGCUUAUGCCAAGGCGUUACAUUCAACAAUGUUGAGUUUGGAUUUACAGUAAAGGAAGCUGAUGAGCUGCAGUGGGCAUUUCCUGGUAGAAACAGGCUCCUUGCAGCCUGUUUAAAGGAACAGUCCAACAUUUUGGAGUCAGUUUUACCUCUGUCCGAGAGUGGUCCAGGACGUGUUUAGCCUCCAGACUGAAAUACUUCACCAGAUAUUAGAUGGAUUGUCGUGACAUUUUGUACAGGCAUUCAUGUUUUCCACAAGAUGAAUCCAAAUGACUUUGGUGAUCCCUGACUUCUCAUCUAGCGCUACCAGCAGGCCAAAGUUUUCACUUAUCCUGUCAAAUAAUAAUAUGUCAACAUCUACCUGAUGAAUUUGCGCAAACUUUUGUACAGACGUUGAUUGUUCCUAGAUGAUGUAUCCUAAUAACCAAAUGAAUAAUAAAAAAAUAGCUUGGUGAAGCAGUUUAUAUGAUCACAUCAAUCUGAUGCUAUUUCAGUCGUAAUUCUACUGUAUUUCACAUUGUAAAUGGUCACAUCAUGUCUUAAAAUGUGAUACAGCAGCAUUUCAAGAAUAAAACAUGACCUCUGAUUUUAUUUUUAUUUUUUUAUUGGAAAGGAGGCUGUGAUGCAGAGGAUUAAUGAGCUCUGGCAAUCCGAUGUCUCCCGCAUAAACACCAGAAUGCCGAGUUAAAGCUGACCCGUCUGAUGUGUGUAGAGUUGUGUGUGGUUAUUCUGUAGCAGCCUGGUGUCAUUUGCAUGUGAUUUAAUGAACGUAAACACAGUGGACGGCACUUCUCAAAUCAGAGGCUGCAGAUUUAUCAAUAUGUCUGUCCUGCUGCCUUCAGAUGGCUGCAGAUGUUUAAUGAACUGAAGGAGAAGCUUUUCAUACAGUAUAAAGCAGCUGUGGACAACUGAUACUGUAAGAAUCACUCAUUCAUUUGUAGGUAGCGGACUGAUUUACCGAUGUUGCUGCUUUAACCACGUUAAAUGCUAUUUUUUAUAUUUUUUUAAAGGCAUCUACUGGCUGGAGAAUGUUUAAUUAUGUUUAUUAUGCAAUAAUAGCAUUAUUGUUUUAUCGAGGUAUUUUGUUUUCUGUUGAUAAAACCAUCAGAUUGGCAGCAGAUUGAUGUUGCGCCAGAAACCGACAUGGUUCUGAGACGUCUAUUCUCAGCACAAAGUCUAAAUUUUGUUUAUUAAAUAUAUUUAAAAUUGUAUGCGACCUCACAUGAAUUUACUUUUAGUUUAUUUAUUGAUAAUUAAGACAUUUGUAUGUAAGCAUACUCUCUACAUGUAAUUAGUGAAGUCAGUUUACAUGAUUAGUAAAGCAUCAGUACAUGUGUAAACUUGAGAAUGUGCUUUUGAGGAUUUGCUGUUUGUUGUGUGGGAUUUUUUAGAAUCUGCUAUAGCUCAUGUCAAAGUUUUCAGGGCUGUGUUUAAAAAAAUGUAAUAAAAAUGGAUUCUGUCAUCUUUUUAAUUAAAUGUUACUUAGAAUUCAUUCUUAAUAGGAACAAGUGUCAAAGUGUGUGGUCCUAUAAACACCGGCUGGUAUCCAAAUGUUACAUUAUUUUGUAUCUGUAUUUAAUUGUAUAACCUACUGUGUAAUCUGUGACACGUUUUUAUUUAAAUGUUUUAUAAAUGGUUAUAGUCA